AUGGCGUCUCAUCAGCAAACGAGGAUCCAAGCUUACCUGGAGAAGAACAAAAUAGGUCCCCUGUUUGAGGAAUUGAUGACCAAACUCAUAACAGAGACACCUGACCAACCAAUCCCAUUUCUCAUUGACCAUCUUCAGUCCAAACAAGGACCCCGAAGUCAACUUCAAAGAACAUUGUCUGGGUCAGCAGCUUUAUGGGCAGAAAGCGAAACAUCAGAACACAAAGGAACUAGAAGAGACUUCAGAAGUUAUGAUAAACCCUGGCAGGUAAAUGCAAAGAAGCCAAAGAAGUCCAAGAGUGACCUUGCUGUGUCUAAUAUUUCUCCACCAUCACCGGAAUCCAAAUCAUUGCCAAGGUCAGUGGAGCAUCCUAAGUGGAACUGGCGGAUCAAACCAGAAAGCCACGACUUUGAUGAAUUAAAUCACAUCCUUCAAGAGAGCAAGAAGCUGGGGAAAGCCCUUGAGAAUCUCUCUAGAAGCAUUGCUAUUUCAGAUGAACUUGAUAAGGAUACAAUGGCUUUUAACUCAACUCUUCUGAGACCUCGAGUGAUUGGAGAAUGGGUUGGUCGAGAAGAAAAUGAUGCUGAUCCACUUGCUGCUGAAAUGUUGCAGCCUCCAAUUCCCAGAAGCAAAAAUGAGCAGUGGGGAAGUGAAGAUAGCACCACUAGCCCUGCAGGAAGCUUAAAGAUGGAGCCCAAGAGUAAAGGAUUAAAACAGCAGCAACAGCAACAUAAGAAGCUUCUAGCAGCAAUGUUAUCUCAAGAUUCUUUUGAAUCCAUCCACAGUCCCACUCCAUCUGUAACUGAAGAAGAUAUUGACAAUGAAGAUGAUGCAAUGGAAUUGCUGGAGGACCUGGAUGAUUUGAGAAUGGAAGGAGUAACUACCCUGAUGCCUUCUGGGAGCAAAUUUAACCCCACUCGGACAACUCAUCUUCCUGAACCCCAGGCAAAGGUCACAUUGAACAUCUGCUCCAGGUGUGCCAGAUUACAAGGUGACAAUCUGGCAGAAGGGACAGAAGAAAUUUCACAGACCCUUCAAACACCUGAAGAAGCAGCCCCAGACUCUUUAGAAACAGAUUCUUUAUGUGCAACUGAAGCAAUGGAGGAUGAUGAAUUUGAAAGUGCUUCUCAAAUAAUAGGACCUUGCCCUCCAGUAUGGGACCUGGCUAACCCGGAUACCAGAAGUGGGAGCUCCCCAAGCUUAAAACUCUUGAAAGAAUCUUUAGCUGCAAAGGAACUACAGAGCAUGGAGAAGCAUCUUGCUGCUCUUCAUGACCUUAUGGAUCAGAUUGUCCAUGAGGUUUUGUUGGCAAAGAUACUGGAGUGGUUCGCCAUUACCUUCUUCAAUGAAUUAAGGAAAACAGAAGUUAAUGAUCUUGCCCUGGGUUACACAGCUGGUCUGUUAUGGUACAAUAUCCAUCCCUCCCUUAGGGGGACCUUGGAAUUAGUGAAGCUGUCAGUUCAACAGGGAGAACUAAAUUCAAGGAUAUUUGUGAUUGGCCUACCAUGUACUUAA